AUGUCCCUUUACACUAAUGCCAACUCAGUGCAGCAUUCCAACUUGAUGGCGCCAAAAGAACCGAACAAGCAGACGCAGUUGAGCGCGAGGAAGGAAGGAACCAAUCGAGUCAUCAAAAGGCCCGCCCGUGGAUUCCACAGGUUUCGAGGUGGCGUGCUGAACGUCGCUCCGAAAGGCGCAGAGAAAAGAAUGGUCAAGGAGAACCAGAAGUCACCACUACUACGCCUGCCGACCGAGAUUCGUGAUUACAUCUGGAAGCAUAUCCUUGGAGGCCAGACCUACCUAGCGAUGUGCUUUAGCGGAAUGUACUACAGCGGGAGCUACAGAUUCGCGCCAUCUGCUGCGGAGCCCCGCAACAGGAUGGCACUCCUUCGUACCUGCCGUCAGGUCUACUCUGAGGCUGUUCUAUAUGCUCUGAACAAUGCCACCUUCGCUUACAAAGACCUGGCGUAUCUGAAGCGGUCAGUCAAGUCUCUCGGCACAUACCAACGGAAGCAAGUCACACACCUCCGGCUGGACUGUCAGGGACCUAACUAUCCCGCCUGGAAGUACGCCUCGAAGCUCACCGGCAGCGAAUUGGAUCUCAACAAGACCUUUCCGGCCUUGACCCGGAUUACGGUACUCGUUCAUCAGGUCACUGACACACACCACGAUGCAUACGAAGCAAUAGCCAAGAUUCUUCCUCAACAACUCAGUCGAACUAUCGAGGCUACUGGCGCUAUUCUUGUUGUAGAGUGUACUCCUGCUGAGGUGGGAUCAUUCAAUGUGGACGAGAUGGACGAAGUGGACGAAGGGAAAGAUGCGUCUUCGGCGAAGGAACCGACGCAAGAGUAA